AUGACCAUUGUCGCUGUCGACAGCGAGGUGGCUGUGCUGGCUGUUGCCAUGACAGCCACAAUCCAAGCAGGCCGGCAAGCAGCUGUAAGAUUUCCAACAAGCGCUUGUUUACAAUUGUCAAUAUACUGGUACUCGGCUGGCGUAACGGCGGAUUCCAGUAUGGAGGAAGCACAAUCGAUGUGGUCGACCGCACUUUUGCAGUUGCACUCGCACCAUGCUUACGACUGUAGACAAGCGUCUCUCGGUCUCCGUUCACUAAUACAACCGCCAGAAGCGAUGAACAAAAGCAUGUCUAGGCCCCGACUUCUCGGAGGUGAAGACGGAACCUCAAUUUCCACAUUUGUCGCCACCGUCACUACCUUGACAGGAAUGUCCCCAUCAACUCUUACGCACACUCUGCAAUCCCACAUUCGCAGCUCUCCGCACACAACUUUGCAAAUUGCCUUGGGCUCGACGAUUCAUCUAACCCACCUCAUAGGUCUAACACCCUACCGCACUCUCCUCUUCCACCCGCGCCUCUUCCUUGCUCCAAGAUAUCAACUAUGGCGAGGGAUAACGGGAUUCUGUGUUUUGGGUCACGGCGUUGUUGAAGUCUUUCAAAGGGCUGUGGGCAUGGUCUAUUGGCAAGCACCAUUAGAAAAGUGGUUCGACGGUGAAGGGGAUCUCGUUCAGGACGGCGUCGUCCUGCGAGAGGGGCAAAACAGAAGAAAAAGGAAUGGAGGACGGAAGAAUGCCUUGGAGUGGUUAGUUCUAGAUAACCACUUUCUGAGAGCUCAACUGUUGGCGGGGGUAGUCUUGGUCGGCAUCGAACUAGCCUUGUACUGCGCGCCUCCAGCGCCAGUGUCCACUACUUCAUUCCUGACCACAGCGACACCGUCCCUUCUCCUCUUUCCAUAUUCGCUUUACCCCAACCUAGAGUACGCCUUCCGCUGGCUUUGGGCAAUAACCACCCCAUCAACAUCGCUAACGCUUUUUGGCGUCCUUCCCAUUCAACCUGUCUACAUUCCGUUAUGCCUGUGCGCCCUCGGCGGUUUUGGGGCAUGGAAAGCAAUGCUGAAAGGGCUGGUUGCAGCAAUGGUAGUUGGAAAGGUGAUGGAUUUAAGAAGGAUCGGAGGGGACAACGCCGUUGACUGGUUAUGGAAGACCAUCGUAGGGUGGGCUGCGUGGGGCCAAGCAGUGGCAAGUGGUGGACGACUGAGCGGAAGCGGUGAGACGAGAGGACUGCCGGAUACACCGCCCGCAUCUUUGAUGGAAAAUGUCGCAAGCUUCUUUGCGCCAGUUGUUCCAACGGAAGGAGCACAACCCGGACCCUAUGGUGGUCGGAGGGUGGGUGAGGACUUGUCAGGACCUCAGACGGCGAGGAUUGUGGAGCUGAACUAACCUGCUGCACCGGGUUACUUAUGUCAUAUUCUUGUCUAUAGAUGCAUCCGAGUUUCAGAUUUUAAAGCAAAUGGUUUUUUUAAGUAAUAUUAUAUAUAGUCAGAUUUCAAGCAAAGUUGCGAGCUUGAUAUCCUCAUCUUAAACUUGGGCCUCAAUCGCACAAUCCAU